AUGGUGGUGGCGGACGGGCUCCAAGGCGACGCUGUCGCCGACGAUAUCUUUGCCAGCGACGGCGACCUCCAGGCCUUCUUUCAGCAGGCGGAGCUGGAGGUGCCGGCUGGCGGAGGCGGGGCCGGCCUGGAGGAGCUGGAGUGGCUGUUAAACGAGGACGCGUUCCCGGCGGUUGAGACGAUGGAGCCGAAGCAGGCGGUGACGGGGCGUCGGACGACGGCGGCUGAGCCGGGGCAGCGGCGGUGCCAGCACUGCGGGACGACGGAGACACCACAGUGGCGCCAGGGACCGGAGGGCCGUGGCACGCUCUGUAACGCGUGCGGCGUCCGGUACAGGACCGGCAGGCUGCUGCCGGAGUACCGGCCCGUCAACAGCCCCACCUUCUCCCCACAAGUGCACUCCAACAGACACCACCGCGUCGUGGAGAUGCACCACCGCCGGGGUUCGUCAGCCAGAGACAUGAAUGCCGGGCUGGAGGUGACGGCUGGGGCAGGCGGCGAGGGGGCGGCGGCGGAGGAGGAGCUCGAUUGGCUGUCGAACAAGGACGCGUUACCGGCCAAGGAGACGACAGAGCGGAAGCCGCCGGUGGUGAGGCCUCAGACCAUGGCGGCGGUGUACCGGCGGCGACGGGCACUAGCGUCGAGCCCCUCGCCCACAUGGCCUUCUGCGGGGGGUGUACCAGGGCAGAGACGGUGCCGGCACUGUUCGACGACGGAGACGCCGCAAUGGCGCCAGGGACCGGAGGGCCGCGGCACGCUGUGCAACGCGUGCGGCGUGAGCUACGGGAAGGGCCACCUAGUGCCGCAGUACCGGCCGCUGAGCAGCCCCACCUUCUCCCCGGAGCUGCACUCCAAUAUACACCGCCGCGUCAUCCAGAUGCCACUGCCGGUGCCGGUCAACAUCGAUUCGAUUACACAGUGA